AUGCGUAUUGUAUCAAGGAUAAUACUACUCUCACUCUCGUUGCUUUUUUCGAUCGUUUCUGCAGAUGUGGGUAUUUUGGGUCCAGUUCAAGGUACUCUGUUCCAACCAGAUGAUAGUGGGAUUGUAACGAUUCCUAUAGAAUGGAUAGAUAAUGGUGGGUAUCCUCCUUUGGAUAAAUUUACUUAUUACACUUUCACUUUAGAAACUGGUCCUAAUAAUGCUAUUCAGCCAGUGAACACAUUAGCCAAAAAGAUUACUAGUGACCAACUAACUUCUAGAAUGGACAACUUGGGUAAUACUAUUUACUCGUACACCGUCCAAUUUUCCAAAAACGUUUAUGGUAAUGGUCAAUUUUAUAUUCAAAUUUAUGCAGUGGUUGAAGGUGAAGGUAAUACUAUUCAUUAUACUCCAAGAUUCUACUUGCAAGAUAUGGGCGGUAUGAGAUCUGCCACUUACACAGACACUGUGGAACCAGCGGCACAAACUGCCAUUCAACAGGGUCAAACCAUGGGGACUAUCAACUCUGAUUGGUUCACCAUCCCUUACCCAGAACAAACAGGUAUUUCAAGAUUUGCUCCUAUGCAAACCCCACCAGGCACCAAAGUGACUAAAACUGAUUGGACUCUUAGAUUUAGCACUUCUGCUGUCACAUAUUACAAGUCAAUGAGACCUUCUUUAGAUCAAAUUACCACUCUUACCCCAUCAAGAACUGAUUCUGUUACAUCUGCAGUGAAUUUUGCGUCUCCAGCUGGUCAUCCAUCAGAUAACGGUGGUUGGUAUAAUCCAAAACAAAGACAAACUCUUUCUGUAAGAAAAGUAAAUUGA